GGUAGGCAAGAGUAAGAAAGCGAGGGAGCAUACUGGCUGGCAGAGGCAGACUGGCCGGCCGUGCGCUGUAGUUAACAGAACUGCUAGCAAAUCGGCAGCAGAUGUGGCCAGUUAGCUCUGUGCUGUGUUCUCGUUCGGAUCUCGGUGUUCCGUAUAUUUCGAUGACUGACUGAAUCCGCAGUCGAUAGUAGCGACAUUAGCUAUCGAUUGUCGAGCGUGAUCCUCGUCGUCGCGACACAUAUCGAAAUUGAAAGAACGAUGCAAAAGUGAAUGCGAGAAAAAGCUAACAGAAUCAAUGACAAGUCGUGGCAAAGUGAAAACAAUUUAGUUUUGCGAAUAUAAUAUCGACGUAUAGUAUAGAGCAAGACGAAAUUGGAUAGGAUAAACGAAAAGGGGAACAAUUACGGUCUAUCGAGAAGAAAAUCACAACGUAGAGAGAAGAGGAGAGAACAAAUCGAAUGGAACAGUCGAUCGCGCGCCAGCACCAAGAACGCAGUGACCGUCGUACCUGUCCGUCGGUGGCCGAAGACUUGUCCGAUCGAGACUCGGGAGUGAUGUGGCAACAUUGCUGGUGGCUCGCGAGUGGAGGAGUCAGUCGUUGCUCGGCUGUUCUAUCGUAGUCUGUGUCUGACAGUGCAGUGUCGCUGCCAAUAGAACCGCGAGGGCCCGUCAGGGCCCACGAACAACGCGAAGAGCACCGCGAUAAACACCGCGGUCAAAAUGACAUAUUUAAGAAAAAUAAGAACGAAUUACAUCACGAGUAUCGAAGGGACAAUCGUACAAACACGUCGUUCAUUGCUACGAUAGCGCAUGUUCACGUUGUUUAUUACCAUCAUAAAAUAGCUCAAGAGAAGAGAGAGUUUCAUGACUUGCGAGAGAGUAACAGUGUUUCGAAGCGUACAAUCGCUGUGUGACGCGCGUAUUCGUUGUAUAUACACAUCCGUUUCAAGUCGCUACAAGCGGGUUUUCUUCGAACCUUUGUAGAAGUUCCUAAAGUGCGUGCGUACGGUUCUACGCGGCUGCUACUCGAAUGUCGAGAAACGAAUGAGUGCGUGAAUCGUGACAACAUCGUGUCGAAGUGUACAGAGAGUAUUCAGAGAGAGAGUGAGAGAGAAUCCGUCUCUCUUUCUCUCGCAUCCCGUAGAGGCCGUGGUCGGACUUUACGCCGUCGUACGCGCUUCUCCCCUCCCCCUUAAUAGACUGCUUCUUUCUCCCUCUCUCUCGCUGAAGGCCAAUUUAUCUAUCCCGUCGGCCGUACGUCUGUCUUAGUCUAUACCAUUCCUGUCUGUGCGCUGGCAGAGUUUUCACUGGCGCGACACGGCACGGCACGCGCGCACGGUACGACACGUAAACGAAACCGGCUGUCCAGGCGAAUCGGGAGUGUCAAAGAUCCGAAAAAUCACGGGCAUGGAAACAGUGUGUGCCAUGGACUGAAAAAUAGUGCGGGACCCGUUGUCUCGUGCUUACCGCCGUCCAAAGAAGAUCUUGCAUUUCAUCCGGUGCGUGAUUGUGUGUUCCUUUACACCAAAGGAGGAAGAGAGGUUAGGUUAGGCUAGGACUCGCGUCACCCCUGGCCACAGUCCGUCCUUGUCUCUCUUUCAUUUGGUUCCCUUACCUCUCUUUCUCUGGCAUACAGCGAAGAGGAACGCAGACACAAGAGUCCAGACCGAUUACACACACACACACACACACACAUACGCAGGACAAUUGGGGAAAGAGGAGGAAAACACAAAUGCCGAUCGCCCGUGGAAUUCUGGUCGCUGGAACUGCGGCUCAUUGCUGGUCUUCCGCCGCUGGCAUGCUUCGAUUCCUCGCUAGACUUUCAGGGAGGCGGCGGCACGUGCGCCGGAGCUGUGGGCCAGGUGGUGGAGCUCGUGCCGUUGAGGAAACAGAGGAGCAAGCGGCGGCGGGGGUGGGAGGCUACGUGGAAGGAGGGGUGGACGAGGGUGGAAGGGGGAAGAAGGGAGGAUGCGAGGCGGAGGUAGGAGGAGGGACGAGCGUGCUCGAGGAGGUUAGUUGCUCACCGGUGGCGGAUGGCGAGGUCUGCUGCGGCGACAGCAGUACCGUCAACUACAGCCACCAUCACCGUCGUCAUCACCUCCACCGCGUACACCACGCGCGUCGCAUGCACAGCCAUCGCCAGCAGCAGCAGCAGCAGCAACAGCGAGAAAAGGGAUCGGAUCGAUGGCAGGAGCGAAGGGACGACGGGGACGCGGGUAGCGGGAACGAGCUCGUCGUCGACGAGGAAGCCGACGAUGAGGCUGCGUGCAAGGACCAGGCUGCCGCCCCCCCUCCUCGCCAGGACAUACCACACCGAGAGAUCCACCGCCUUCGACGCCAUCAUCACCGUUUGCACCACCACUGCUACCAACAACACCACCACCACCACCACCACCGCCACCACAACAACAACAACAACAACCACCGCCGCCGCCGUCGCCAACACCAUCUUCGCCACCAUCAUCGUUGCCGCCACCACCACCACCACCACCACCACCACCAUCACCACCAUUACCACCACCAUCACCCCCAUCUCCACCACCGGCCGCGGGACGACAGACCACCUCCCUGCGAACGGGACGAGUGCGUGGACCGCGUCCUGGGUCCUGCCAGGGGCGACCGUAACGCGGAUGCUACCGACGACAAAAACCCUGCCACCGUCACUGCCAUGACGAGGGGAUGCAGGAUCCCGCCCUACCUCGCCACGCUACUCAUCCUGUCUUACACUCUCUUCGGUAUAGCAGACGCCUGUUCAUCGCGGUCGACGCCGAAACCGCGGCCACCGACGCCGACGCCUCGACCGAACAUCACAUUCCACAUGUACACGUGUCCACCGGAUUACGCUGAGUACUACUGCUUGAACGGUGCCACGUGUUUCACUGUCAAAAUCGUCGAUUCCCUCCUUUACAAUUGUUUAUGCGCCAACGGUUAUAUCGGGCAGAGAUGCGAGUUUAAGGAUUUAGAUGGUUCCUAUUUACCCUCCCGGCAACGUGUAAUGUUGGAGACGGCAAGCAUCGCCGGCGGUGCCACGAUAGCAGUAUUCCUGGUCGUUAUCAUUUGCAUAGCGGCUUACAUCCACUGUAAGCGAAAGCAAAAGGAAUUGCGGUCGAGUAACUGCGUCGACACGGUGGAUGGUCCUGGCCGAGAUCCGGAGUUGAGGCCGUUUAGCAACCGUAGCCGCUCCCUCAUGAUCUUCAUGACCAAGAAUCCCAAUAGCUCGGCGGCUAUAGAGCAAACGAGAAUGCCCGGAUGGAACUGCCCGGAAGCGGAGUCAAUGAGAAUGGCGUCGAUCAGCGAAGGGAAGCGUUCCAAUCAAUGAUAAAGGAUCCUGAUAAUCCCAGUCCACCUCGAUGGUGGAGAUCACCGAAACCGACGUCGUCGACGGAAGGGAAAAGAAAUCGCUUUCUUCACCUUCAACCUCUGCUAUCUGUCUCCGUCCAUGGACUACGUUCUCGCGAUUAUUAGGCGAGCAUUAGAGAGGAAAUACAGGCAGAGGAAGGGAGGAAAAAAUCCGUUGUGAACGCGACCAACCGACAACGACAUUCUUCCGCUCCGCGAAUUUUUUUCUUUCUUAUUUACACGAGCCUUUGUCACGUCGACGUUUCAUUUUCCCGCAUGAAUUUAUCCGUUUCUGCCGAGAGAAGGAAAAGAAAAAGAAAGAAAGAAGAAGAGGAGAGAGAAAGAGAAGAAGAGGAAUAGGAAGAGGAAGAAGAAGAGGAGCCUCCUCCUCCUCCUCGUGUUCGUUCACAAUUAGAGAAGGCUAUAUUAAAGAAAAAAAAAAAAAAAAAAAAAAAAAAAAGAAAAAAAAAGAAACGAUCUCGUCGUACUCGCUGUAUAAAUCGAUACGUGGAUCGGGAUCCUCGGGAUCGAUGAUCAGGGGCAAGAUAGAUCUAGAAGAGCGUAGGAUUAACUGAGAAAAAGAAGUACGUAGCUGGUAACUUUAAAUAGCUGGACCUGAACAGCUGGAAGAACAAAGGACAAGAAAGUAGAAAAGAAGGGAAGCUUAAAAAUAAAGCCUCUAACCACUGAAUAGGUGACUCUCUUAAUAGAAAGGGGAAAAAAGAAAGAGGUGUGAAGAGGGAGGGAGGGAGAGAGAGAGAGAGAGUAAAGAAACAUUUAGCGCGAACGUAAGAAGGAGAAGAAGAUAUAAAAUAAUUUGUUCCUAUCGGAGAUACGAGAUAUAUAGUUUAGAACAGACAAUAAUAACCGGAGAAUAAUUACGUAACGUUAUAUUAGUUGUCGGUUUAAGAUAAUAACGUAUCGAGUUAAGUUUCGAACGAAAAAUAAUCCAUUUUUUUCUAAGUAGAAACGUUGCCACGUUCUCGUAGAAACAUUCUUCUUUUUUUCUUUUUCCUCGAUCUUUCGACCGAGGAAACGCGCGGAAAUAAGCUUUCCUCUCUGGCAUUGGGAGGGGGAGGAGAGGGGAAGGAGUUUUUCACUUUUGCUUUUUACUAUUUUUUUUUUUUUUUUCCUUUUCAUUUUCUUCUUUUUUUCCCUCCCAUGCCCUAUUUUCUGUUUCGUCCGAUUUCGUUCGUUUCUUUUUCACAUUAGAACCCCUCGUAUUUCGUACCAACCACGCCGAGAUUGAUCCGAGUUCCCAAUUCAACAUAUACACACACACAUAUAUAUAUAUACAAGUUUCCCACAAAGUUAAAUCUCUUCCAUCGAAACAUGGAAAAUAGAACGAGUCACUUAUAUCGUAUUUAACUUAAUGCAAAUUACGUUGAGCGUAUUAUAUAUUCCUCGUCCAAGACGAGAAGAGAUUAAAAAGAUGAAAAAUCGUGACUUUUGUAUCGUUCGUUUUUCGUUAGAUGAAACGAUAUAUGUAUGUAUAUAUAUAUAUAUCGAGCACAGCGACAAUUCGACGUUGAUCCGCGUGAUCGGGACAAGAAAAAAAAAACAAACUCGAAAAUGUUUUUCUCACUGUAAAAUGUUCGUUCAACACGUACGUAAUUAUUUAUUUGAAAAUUUAAUUUAAGUAUAUAUAUAUAUACAUGUAUUAUUUUCGUCCGCACAACUGUAUAACUUAAUUUAAAUUGGCGUGUGAAAUAGAUGGAAAAGGGACUCGAGGUCUCUGCGCGGUGGCGUGUUCAAACCUAGCAAGAAAGGAGCUAAGCCUCGGUGUAGAAAGAAAGAAGGAUCGAUCGAAUCCUAAUAAUUGCACGAAUCGAGAUGGCGUGGAUGGAUAUCUUUGUAUUCUUCGAACGAGACGAACAAAAAAAUCACGAGAGCGUCUCGAUGCCACGUGAAACGUAUCUCUGUUUCUUGCCUCUCCUCUUGUAAAUAGUAAAUUAUCCUGGAUAAUAUAUAUAUAUGUAUACAUAUAUGUGUAGAUGCAUAUGUAUAUGUAUAUGUAUAUAUGUACAAAGGCCAGCCGACUCGUCCCCGGUGUCAAAUUUAUUUAAAACGAGCGAUUGGGCCAUUGUAGCGGACAAACUACAAUUAUGACGACGCUAACCGGGUUUCCAAUUCCUCCUUCGUGGUGACCAUUGACGAAUAAAUAUUUCAUCGGGAGACGAGUCUGACGGAGAUUCGUCGUUGUGGCGUUGCGUGCCUCUCCUCUUCGAGAAGAAUAUUACUUACGAACGAUAUUAUUACGAGGAAACUUUUCCUUCGUAACUCGAGAGGUAUUGAGGAAUCGAAAAUGCCAUCCGUAACGCCAUCUCGAGAGAUUCUGGGGGAAGCAACGAUAUUAUCGAUUGGGAUGAUCGGUCCUGAUAUUCGAUGCUUAUUUGUACAUUUGUAGAUACACUGUGCCGUGGUUGUUGAGUGAACAAGCUUCCAAACGCUUUGAAGAUAACGGAAGAAAGGUGAAAUCGUCGUCCAAUGUACUUCUUCUUCUUUUUUUUUUUUUUUUUUUUUUUCUUCGUGUGUAAAAACGUGACGUAAACCGUAACGUGUGCCGCGCGAGAUCGUGACCCGACAAAGCCUCCCGGUUUCUUUCGUCUCCCGCGUUUCUCUCUUUCGUUCCCGAUCGAGGUUUUUCUAUAUCGAGGAAGGCAAUCGAACGAACGGAGGAAACGAGAAAAGCGCUACGAAGAGAGUGUAUAAUCGAUAAUUACGAUAAAUACGUAGAAUUUAGAGAAAAAAAAAAAUAAAUAAAAAAAAAUAAAAAAAAAAAAGGCAGAAUCCGAGACGGGAAACGCGUGAAGCUAGGUGGCCUAAAGUGUAUUUUAUUUUAUUUUUAUUAUUAUUAUUAUUAUUAAUAAUUAUUAUUAUUAUUUUCUCACGGUUUUACGAGGCCGUCCUCGUAAUUCGUACGGUGUAAUUUAUUAUAAAUAGUCCUAAUUAACGUGAAGAAAUCGUAGCGUGAAAAAAAAAAAGAAGGAAAAAAACUCUUAAUUUAAUUAUCCCCCCAAUCUUACUUCUCUCGUAACUUUGUACUUGGUUCCUAAUUUAUUCUUACAUUUAUUAUUACUAUUACUAUUAUUAUUAUUAUUACUACAACUACUAUUAUUAUUAUUAUUCUAUGUCCCCCUUUAAUUAAUUGUCACGGUUAUUAUUAUCAUUAACUUGCUAAUUUACGAUUCAUUAAGUUACGAUCAUUUAAUUAUUCUCCUUUUAUUAUUAUCAUCGGAUCACGGAUUAAUCAGUUUAUUCCUUAAUCGCUAUUCGCGUUAUUAUUUGAUUAACACGGUUAUCUUUUAAGGACACGCACUUAUUAUUAUUAUUUAUAAAAA